ACAAAAUUGCUAUUUUUAACUUUUGACGUCAUUUUUCUAAAUAUUGCGCUCAAAAAUACUAGACGUUUUCACUUUUUUUCACGAAUUAAUUAAUUCUUUUGUUGUAAAAAUAAAAUUCGUAGAAAUAGCGACGAAUCAUCUGCAUGAUUUGCAUUUAAAUGCAAUCAAUAAAAGGAGACUUCAGUGGACAAAUAAAAGAGAGUGGGAGAAUAAUAACCAGACGAAGUGCGAGCGAUCAAAGUGGGGUGGAACGAAAGAAGAGUGCUUAUAUGAGCCGCGCUCAUUCUGUCGCAAGUUAUUAGCAAGUUAUGCAAAUACCGAUGGUAGAAGAAGCAUCAUCCUUCGAAGCGAAUUGUAAUGUGAACAGAAUGACAUCGGGAUCGUCGUUUACGAACAUGGAGUGUCUUCUGUGAGUUUUCCUUGAGACUGUGAUGCCGACAGGUGAGAUUGAAGCGUGAUUGUUGCUAGGCAUUCAUAUUCAGCAAUCGGAAUCGGUAAAAUUACGUUCCAGGGAAGAACGAAGAGACAAACGUCGUCUUUGCAAAAGGAAGGUGCAACGUGUGCGCUGUCUUGCAAAAUGUGCCACGCCAAUUCGCGCCGGCAUCGAUGAUACAGUGUGCACACGCAAGAUUCUUGAAUCGACGUGACCGGCACGUCACGUCGCGUUCGCAUUCGCACUUCCGGGGCGACAGCAUCGCGAAGGCAGCAUGAAGCUCGAUCUCUUCGUCAUGUGCGUCUCGAUUCUGCCAGUAAUAUUGAUUACCUUAACUUGUGAGAUAAAUGCCGUUCCGACAGACAACGUAAAACUAAUCGAAAAUGGAAGUGAUUACGCUCAAGUUCUAGAGCUAUCCUUAUUAUUUUACGAGGCGCAGCGUUCUGGUAAGCUGCCAAAGGACAACAGAAUCCCAUGGAGAGGUGAUUCUGGAUUGAACGACCGUGGCUCAAACGGCGAGGAUUUAACCGGAGGAUAUUACGAUGCCGGUGACUUUGUUAAGUUCGGCUUUACAAUGGCUUCUGCGAUGACGGUUUUAGCCUGGGGAGUAGACAGCUGGCCGCAGGCAUAUAGAGCUGCCGGUCAAUUAGACGAAGUUCGUAAAGCCAUCAAAUGGGCUAGCGACUACUUCAUCAAAUGUCAUGUAAGUGAGAACGUGCUGUACGGCCAAGUGGGCGAUUUCUCCAUUGAUCAUACCUUUUGGGGAAGACCCGAAGACCUAAACACCAGCAGACCAGCUUACAAGAUCGAUCCGGAGCAUCCUGGUUCCGAUCUCGCCGGCGAAACAGCGGCCGCUCUCGCAGCUUCGAGCAUCGUCUUCAGAAGCAUCGAUCCUGCGUACAGUGCCGAGUGUCUCAAACACGCGAUGGAACUGUAUAAAUUUGCCGACGCUUAUCGCGGUCUUUAUCAUGAAGCGAUACGUGGUACCGAGUUAUAUUACGAAAGUACAGAUUACGGUGAUGAGCUGGUAUGGGCCGCUGCCUGGCUCUUCAAGGCGACUGAGGACCCCAAGUAUCUCGAUGCGGCUGAACGACACUAUCAGCAAUUUCAUCUCGAGAAGCGACCAAAUGAAUUUUUCUACAACAAGAAACUCGCCGGUAUUCAGGUGCUGCUAGCUCAACUGACAGGACAAUCCGAGUAUCAGAAUGCCACACGCACGUUUUGCAACUUCUCGGUGCGCGAACAGAAACGUACACCAAAGGGUCUUUUGUACAUCGACAAAUUCGGUACUCUUUGUCAUGCCGCUAAUGUGGCUUUUAUCUGUUUGGAAGCGGCGGAUUAUUCAGAAAAUUCUGAUGACUCGCAAGAAUAUCGUCAAUUUGCCAAGGAACAAAUCGAUUAUAUGCUGGGUGGCGCAGGAAGAAGUUACGUAGUCGGAUACGGCAAGAAUCCACCGACACAGCCGUACCAUGCCGCAGCUUCUUGUCCUGAUAGACCAGCGUCCUGCGGAUGGCCAGAUUAUGGCAAAGACGCGCCAAAUCCACAGAUUCUCUACGGCGCGCUAGUUUCUGGACCAGAUGAGGCUGACAAAUUUCAAGAUCGUCGAGAAGAAUACAUCUACACAGAAGUUACGUUGGACUACAACGCUGGUUUUACUGGCGCGCUUGCCGGACUGCUACAAUUGCAAUUAAAAAACGCCGCUUAAGAAUUAUUAGAGGAAAAUUAAAUUGUUGCUGUUAUAAUCAGUUCUUUUCAAUUCGAUUUGCGUAAAAAUACAAAGCCAGUCUUGUUGUACAUAAAUUUGGCAUGUGACACGACCGUGUCUUUUAAUUUUAUGUAAAAUUUUCGUGUAAAAAUUGCACGAGGUUCUCGCUGAUCCUUUGCAGAACAUCUGCUAAUAUGUAAAAAUGUUACGUAUUAACUUAAUUUUACGUGACUUAUUAUAAUUUUACAUUACGCAGAAAGUCAGUUUUGUGUAAAUAAUGUUAUUAUAUAUAUAUAUUGUAAAACUCUCUACAAGGCUGCACACACAAUAAAGCUAACUGUAAGCGUAUUUCAUUAUUAUUUCGACAUGUAUAUAAGUUUAUUUUUUAAUAUGACUAAUUUUAAUAUUGUAAAUUUAGAGUUAACUGUAGAAGUUAAAUUAGAAUUCCUGAACUUACAUAAUUUUGAACGUAAGUAUAUGAUUCGCAAAAUUUUA